AUGCUUUCCAUAUUGAGGAAGGCCAGACUAAAAGAUAAGGAAUUGAGAAUAUUGAUGCUGGGUCUUGACAAUGCUGGGAAGACCACUAUCGUUAAGAAGAUUAUGGGCGAAGAUGUGAAUACCGUCAGCCCCACGCUAGGCUUCAUUAUUAAGACGAUAGACUAUGAGGGUUACAAAUUAAACAUCUGGGAUGUCGGUGGACAGAAGACUCUUCGAUCAUACUGGCGCAAUUACUUCGAGAAGACGGACGCUCUGAUAUGGGUAGUGGACGCCACGGAUCGACUGAGAAUUGACGACUGCCGAACCGAGCUUCACGGUUUACUUCAAGAAGAGCGACUUUCGGGCGCAAGCCUUCUCGUGUUUGCAAACAAGACUGAUGUGCAAGGGUGCAUGACGGGAGACGAGAUUCUCGAAGGUCUGCAGCUUAAGAGCAUCCGGACUCAUCGCUGGCAAAUCCUUCGGUGCAGCGCCAUGAACGGCCAGAAUCUAAAGGAGGGCUUGGCAUGGGUUGUGGAAGAUGCCAAAGCGAGACUCUUCCUUUACUGA